GACAAACAAGCACGGCAACCCACACACGGUGCUGCCUGCUCUCGAAUACUCAUUCAUUCGUCAUUUAUUCCCCGUUUCGACUUGUUGUGUUUUAACUGUGCGUGCAAUUUGCUUGUAAAUAAAAGUGAGAGAGAGAGACGAACAAGACAGUGUGUGGUGCAAUUCUCAGAAUUUGAAAAUUUCAGUAAAAUCAUUAUAUGGGAAAUUGCUUUAAAAGUAUAAAAUUUUGUGAAAAACUAAUAUGAAAUGCAACAUAAUUUGUAGUACAAAGAAAAUAGCGUUAUAAUGUUGUGAAAAAAUGAAAAUAAAUGCGUAAAUGUGGUUUUCCCAGAAAGGUCAAAUUCUAAGAAAACGAAUUUCCAAGAAUUCGAAUUGAUCUCUUCUGCUGUUGUAUAUUGUGUUGUAUGUGCAUAUGUACAUGCGCUAGAAGGACGGAGUGUAGAUCGCAUAUAUAAUUGAAACGAAACGGGAGAGGUGUGUUGCAAGUGCAAGGAGGUGCUGCACGGCCUGCAUAUUUCUGCGAAUUGGACGACUUGCUGGCGCUGCAGUAAAAAACCACCGAAAAGGUGUAGAACUUUGGUUGCUUGUGGGCACAUUAUUUUAUGCUCACUAUACAUACAUAUAAGACUUCAGUAUGACUGAAUUAUUUCGCAACUUAUGCUCCAUAGCAUUUGUGGUGUUUUGUUUAACGCUUCACGCAUCAGCUUUCCGGGAAGAAGAUGUGGGAGAAACGAUACCUGCGCAUAUUGACAUUAAUGUGGGUGACAGCGUAAAUAUUUCCUGUCUUAUAAAUCCGGUCAGAUUUAAAAUUGGAAAUUCAAAUGAAAAGCCAUGUGAAAUGACGUUUAAAAAUCCAGUGACAAAAAAAAGUGUACCGGAGGAGGACAUUGUGGUCAUGAAUAGUACUUACAUCGUUUAUACAUUACGAAAUGCAACAGAGCAAUCUUUAAGACUGCGCUGUUAUUGUGGUGGUGACGCGAUUGCAGAAUCCACUAUUUACGUUGGCACCGCGCCACGCGAUGUCACCCAAUUCAACUGCCGCAGCUACGACUUUGAAUAUAUGGUUUGCAAUUUUACACAACCAGAAAAUCCAGUACUUACACAAUACAAUCUUACCUAUUACAUUAACUCGCCGGAUUAUAAAACACCCGCUUACUGCAAUUUCGACAUGAAACCAUUAGUUGUUUGCAACAUCACUGCAGAGCAUUCGUAUAGGCCACAGGUCGAAGAGUAUCACUUUAAAGUGCACAGCAGCAAUCAUUUGGGUAGCCAUAAACAAGAAUUCACAAUAAACAACUUAAACGUCAUGGUACCAGCGCGACCUGGACAAGAUUUUCAUAUUGUUAAAUUAACAACCGAUAGCAUGGAUGCAAUUUGGAGUAUGCCAAAAUAUGACUCAUACACGCCUAACAAACAUCGCGGCUUAAAAUGGGAAGUACUCUUGCAACCAGAUGGCUUCGCAGUGCGCAAUAUAUCAGCGCAAGUGCGUGUUUUACGUGUUGAUCGUGGAUGUAAAUUAUCAUUGAGUGACCUACCAUAUGCUCACUAUUCCUAUGAACUAAGUUUGCGUGUUAAAGUGCGUACAGCAGUAAUCGGUGAAGAUAUGUGGAGUCCAACAUUUAAAUAUCGGUUUCGUACGCGUCCACGUAUGCCAGAUCGUCCACCCCGUACCGAUAAUGGUGGCUUCUAUAUAAAUCCAUUGAAGACCGAAGUUCGUCUAUAUUGGGAGCAGUUGGAAAAGUGGGAAGAAAAUGGUGAUAACUUCACUUACGUGAUACGUGCGAUUGAAAAGCGUGCAAAUGGACACAGCAGACCUUUGUUGCCACGCCAACAGGAGCCGAAUUUCGCAAUCUUUGAAUGGCACAAUGACCUACACUACACAUUCGAAAUAAGCAGCCGCAAUCAUAUGGGUGAAUCUGCCAGAUCCAGUCUAAUUACCAUAUAUCCGCAAACAAGUAGAUCGGUGAAGCAGCAUACACCCUACUCUAUACACAAUGUCUAUCAUCAGACGAAUCGCUCCUAUACGUUGACCUGGUUGCCACCGAUAGCACUGGAAGGCCUACAAAAUUACACGGUUUAUUGGUGCUAUUCCAAGUUGGCCAUGUCAACAGAUUGUAGAGGUUCCAUACAUUUCCGUCAUGUCAGCAGCAAGACACAGCGCUUUGCCACGGAACCUCAAAAGGCUGAACAUGAUCAUUCGCUAACACUCGCAGUUUCAGCUAAUUACCUCGGCUACAACACUGGCCUGCACUGGACUUCAUGCAGCGUUGAUGUGAAUGCCGAUUUUGAACCUAUGGAACCGGAAGUGCUCUCAAUUUCCGCUACCGAUCUGCGUGUGCAAUGGAGUUCGAAGACGGUUUGUCCGUCAAUUUUGAGUGGUUACAAUCUAACCUACUGUGAGGUGGCCAGUACGCCGGAUACCUUUAGCAUAUCGCCGCCCAGUGUUGGUGGCGGCAUGUUUGAGCCAUUUAAUAGCGGCAAGACGGUGCCAGCAGAAAAAGCUGUCUGCACUAGCAUGCCCAUUAAUGUAAUAAUCGAUAAGAAUUCGAAUAAAUUUAACAUAACGGGUCUAAAGCCAUACACGCUGUAUCGCCUAGAGAUGUUUAUGUUCUCCAAUACUAAGUCGGGCAAGCCAAAUGAUCCACUCUUGGUACGUACAUUUGAGGCUGCACCAUCGCCACCACGUAAUUUGCAUGUAUCCCAGUUAACGGACACGAGCGCUAAAAUCACCUGGUUGCCACCCAGCGAAACUAACGGUUAUAUACGUCAGUACAUUGUUAAGCUGAAUAAUAAGGAGUUUGUGGUGAAUGCUACAGCUCUGGAAGACACUGACCAGAUUAGUUUCCUUCUGCAGAAUCUCACCAGUUUUACGGCUUACAAAGUUUUCGUUAUUGCCGUUACAAGGUACAAGUCGGAUCACAGCAAUGACAUACACUUCACAACCUAUAUGAGCGCUCCCUCUAAAAUGGGUUUUUCCGAAUCGAAUUAUAUGAAUCCAAAAGAAGUGCAGUUGAAAUGGGCGCCACCCAGCCUGGCCGGCGGUCGUCUGGAUUAUUACGAGAUCGCCGUUACUCAGCUACGCGGCGAUUAUGUGGAACGCCGGCACAUUUCCGUUGUAUUCGGCAACAGUUGCGUGCUGCGCGUGCCCGAUUGUCCUGAUCCCGAUUACCAAACCAAAGUGGAAGUGCGCGCAAUCAAUGCGGCUUCCAUAGCGAACAACGAGGUGAGUUCACUUGAGGUUCUAGCGCAUAAAACCGAGUUCGAUAGGGAUGCACACAAUUAUCAGGGCAAUGAAGAGUUGGUUUGCAAGGGUCAAAGUAAAGCGGCGGACAUGGAGCAUGAAAAGGCGAAUUUCGAUCGUUUUCAUGUUAAAAAUAAUUAUGUUCUUUACAAGUCCGAUUGGCAUCCGCUCACAAGUUUCGGUUGCGCACAACGUCAGCUGGGUAAAAUUACAGUUAUUACUUUGAUGGUCGUCUGUACCUCGCUGAUGCUGAUGGCGCUCAUGUUCUUCGGCACAAAGAAAUGGAAAAUGAUGAGCGAUAUACAGUGCACGUUGCCAGCCGCUUUGGACGCGUACCUCACCAAGGAGCUCAAUGGCGGUACCGGUGGCUGCGGUUUGAACGGCACGAUUGUUAAUGGCAAUGUGCUCAAUGAUUUCCUGACCACGUCGACGAUGCGUAAUGCCAGCACGCCACCACCGCUGCAUAACAGCAACGAGCGGCUGCACAAUGAAGAACACCAUUUGUUGGGCGCGCAUAAGAAUGACUCCGGUUAUAUUGGCGAUGGUCUACUGUUUGGACGAAGCAUUAGUGCUGUGGCGGCCAAAUCGACUGAGAAUGACAGCAGCGAAGAGGACUUCGGUGGUGAACAUAGACGUAAUUAUGCGCUUUCGGAAAGCUCAGCGGACUCACUCAUCGGUAGUUCGACCAGCAGUGGCGGCGCUGUUGGCGAUGUGGAGGCACAGGACGUAUUACCACUUCAGCGCAUACAGGAGGAGGCUGCCGGAGGUACAGGUUAUAUACAGGCGGGUGAGGUACAACAAGCGGCUGCGUUGGGUGGAUAUGUUACUGCGGCCGAUUUCAAUUCCUGGGCAGGGCAGUCAAAAGCGCAACCAACAGUCGUACAAGCAGCGUCGACAUUACAAAAUGGCUAUAUUCAAGCAGGGGCGCUAGUUCCUACAGAGACACAAAAGACGUCAGCCGCAGCACCACCGGCAGUAGCCAUUUUCAGUGGCUACAUAACGUCCUCAGAUUUGAACAAGUGGCAAACACCAGCAAAUCCAUCAGCUGCGAUGGCACAAAACGCCAAGUCCUCUGAAACCGCCUGUCACAGUGGAUAUAUAAAACCCUCAGACUUGCAGGCGCACAGCUCAUUACCGCCGCAGCCGCAAGAUGUCAUUAGUAAUGCGAUUAUGUCUGGAGAUUAUGUUCAAGCAAGCGAUUUAUCCGCAGCAAUGGCAGCUAGAACAGCUCAGUCACAACAACAACAACAACAACACAGUCCGAAUAAUGCGACUGGCACAGCAGCACCACCACCGCCAAUGGCCAACAACAGCGGUUACAUAACGGUCGAUAGCCUCAAGGCAAACGUGACGGCAAGUCUGUCGGCAGCGCCAACACCAACACCAACACCGCAACCUUUGACUGCAAAGGCCAAUACCGCAUCGACGCCUACACAUGCUGCCGCCACUACCGCUACCGCCGCUGCCUCCACCAGUGGUUAUGUGCAGCCAAGCACGCUACAAGCAUUACUGCUAAACGCGCCGCAGCCGACUAUGAGUGCCGCUGGGCAGAACAACAGUGCGCCAGCCACCAAUGCGAAUUUCACGAAUUUCAGUGGGUAUACGUCUCUAGAUGCGUUGGAAAAACUGACGCCAACGCAAGCACUGCCUAACAGGCAUUUGAUUGAGCCGGCCGAUGCCAAUAAGCCUGGACUUAUUGGUUAUGUAACGCAAAGGGAAAUGAAUGAGUUUGGGCAACAACAACAAACACAGUAGGUCGAGAGAAAUAGUACUAGUAGUAGAAGAAGAAGAAUUAUAAUGAAAUUAAAUGGUUAAAGUUGCUAAUUUACAUUUUCGCAAGAACCUAACCUCAAAUUCGGGGUAAGAAAUUCAAAAUUUUUGCAAAUUGACUGAGCUUGAAGACGCGACGCGGCUCUCAGCUGGAAAAAGCAGAGUGGAGUGGUUGUUGUAAAUUUUAUCUACGCCGCAAAUGUGUCGCUUUUGUAAAACAGACUUUUUAAAUAAAACAUUUUCUAAAGGCUAUCGCAUAGUAUUAAUAUAUAUGACAUUAUGUUUUAA